AUGAAGCAAAAGAUCGUGAUCAAGGUGCCGGUGGCGAGCGACAAGUCCGGGUCCAAGGCCAUGGCGCUGGUGGCCGCCGCGGACGGGGUCGACUACGUGGCCAUCGUCGCCGUCGGCGAGGGCAUCGACUCCAUCAAGCUCACCAGCGACCUGCGCAAGAAGGUGGGCGACGCGCACCUUGUCGAGGUCGGCGAGGACAAGAAGGAGGAGAAGAAGCCCGACCCCGUCGCCGACUACACACUUUUCUCAAGAGUCAAGACAAAUUUUAACCGUGUUUCUUGA